AGGGCAAAAGGAAUAUCAAGAUCCAACGGCCAGAUAUGCACCUCUUGUAGUGUUCUACUUGAUUUCGAAAACCCUAUUCUCUUCAACCUCGAAUACUGGAGACAGUAUAUAAAAAGAGAACACGUGCUCAUACUCUGCAUCGCCUCCUCGCCCCUACUUCCUACGUUUUUCUACCCUCGUCGCCGGAGAUUUUAGCUCAUCAUUUUGAGUCCAAGGCCGACGCCGGAGCUUCCAAGACUUAUCCUCAGCAGGCUGGCACUAUCCGUAAGAACGGUUACAUUGUCAUCAAGAAUCGCCCCUGCAAGGCUUGUGAGACUUGCACCGAGAAGGAGAUGCGACUGGAUUGAUGAGGUGUUGGAAUCUCCUGUUGAGGUUGAGAUGAAAAUUGAGAUUGACAAAACAUUUAUGGCUCGCAUCCAAGAGAGUUAGGGCUUAGACUCAAUUCAGCAAGCUUGCUUUGGAGUUCUGAGCAGCUAUGGAUGCGACUCCUUUGAGUCUCGAAAACCCGCUCCGAGACGCCAUUUCGAGGGUCCGAUUUGCUCCGCGUUCCAACAAUCUUCUCAUUUCUUCAUGGGACAAUAGUCUUCGGUUGUACGAUGUUGAAAGCUCAAAGCUGAGGUUGGAAUCGCAAGGGGAAGCUGCACUUCUUGAUUGCUGUCUUGAAAAUGAUUCCGUGGCUUUUAGUGCUGCUUCUGAUGGUUCUAUUCACAGGUAUGAUAUGCAUUCGGGACAUAAAUCAACAAUAGGGAAUCAUGAUGAUAUGGCAACUUUUGUUGAGUAUUCUCCUGAGACAUGUCAAUUGAUUACUGCUGGUUGGGAUAAGAAUAUAAUCUUUUGGGAUGCACAAUCAGCUAAGUCCGUUGGACACUUGAACAAUCUAACAUCAGAGCCAAAGUCUAUGUAUCUCUCUGGCUUCAAUUUGAUGGUUGCUAUUGAUUCCUCUGUAAUCAUUUAUGACUUCCGUUCUCUUAGAAAAUCGGUUCACAAGAAAGAUAUCCGAGUAAAAUGUGUCCGCCCUAUUCUUCAUUAUGAAGGGUUUGUGGUUGGAUCAGUCGAUGGACGGGUUGCUUUGGAGUAUAUCUGUGAAUCCAAUUUGGAUAAGGGAUAUGCUUUCCGAUGCCAUCCAAAGGGAACAGACGGAAGAAAUCGUGUGGAGUCAGUGAAUGACAUUGCGUUUAGUCCAUUAAAUAGUGGUUCAUUUGUAACGGGUGAUAAUGAGGGCUAUGUAAUUAUGUGGGAUGCUUGCUACAAGAAGCGACUGUUUGAGUUUUCAAGGUAUCCAAAUAGUAUUGCUUCUUUGUCAUACAACCAUGAUGGAUUCCUUUUAGCUGUUGCAUCGAGUUACACUUACCAAGAAGCUGGCGAAAGGGAAGAGCUACCACAGAUAUUUAUACACAAAGUCGAGAACUUUCAAAGCGAGUCACCUUUUGUUGGCACCUUUCGAAAACCCUAUUCUCUUCAACCUCGAAUACUGGAGACAGUAUAUAAAAAGAGAACACGUGCUCAUACUCUGCAUCGCCUCCUCGCCCCUACUUCCUACGUUUUUCUACCUUCGUCGCCGGAUUUUAGCACGGAAAACAUGUCGGACGAGGAGCAUCAUUUUGAGUCCAAGGCCGACGCCGGAGCUUCUAAGACUUAUCCUCAGCAGGCUGGCACUAUCCGUAAGAACGGUUACAUUGUCAUCAAGAAUCGUCCCUGCAAGGUUGUGGAGGUUUCCACAUCUAAGACUGGCAAGCACGGUCAUGCCAAGUGUCACUUUGUUGCGAUUGAUAUCUUCACUGCUAAGAAGCUUGAAGAUAUUGUUCCUUCUUCUCACAAUUGUGAUGUUCCCCAUGUUUCCCGUACAGAUUAUCAGCUUAUUGAUAUCUCAGAGGAUGGAUUUGUGAGUUUGCUCACCGAUAAUGGAAACACUAAGGAUGACCUUAGGCUUCCAACUGAUGAAUCUUUGCUUACACAGAUCAAAGAUGGAUUUGGUGAGGGGAAGGACCUUGUUGUGUCUGUGAUGUCUGCCAUGGGUGAGGAGCAGAUCUGUGCCCUCAAGGAUAUCGGCCCGAAGAACUAGAAGAAUAUACCGUGGACAACUUUGUUGAAGAAUUUCUCCUACGGGAUUUUACUUGUUUCGAUAUAUUUCUAUCUUAAUUUUUAGGAUUAUGUGAGUUUAAGAAUUUUGGUCUCUCUAUGAGUAUUCGGUUCGAUUCAUGUGCUAUUUAGUUAUCUUUUUAUGUGAUUUGAUGGGAUUUAAACAAUUUCUACACAACCAAUUAUACUAAUGAUAUGAUGCUUGUGACUGACUA